AUGGUGCGAUUAUUCCAGCUGUCAAACGAGUUGAAGCUUAACGUGGAGGAAUUGGCUCGUCUCAGCGAACAACUUCAAGAAGCGAAGUCACGCGCCGAUGAAGGAGACCGAAUAAAAUCUGAACUUGAACAACUACGCAAAGAAGACAUGGAAUUGAAAGAAAAGUUUGAUAGUGUUGUGACAGAGAAAGAAAAUCUAUUACAAGUUCUCAAUUCGAAUCAGGACAAGGAUAAGGAAGCUGUCCAAUUGUUACAGAAGGAACUAUCGGCAGCGAACAACUUGGUUAUGGAACAUGCAAAGGAGAAAGAGGGAUUGCUGGCUGAACUGGAAUCCUUGAAAAAGACUGUAGCUGCUGAAGUAGAGUCGAAAAAUGCGGUUACUGAAGAGAUUUCUUUAGCUAAACAACAAAUACAGCAACUCUCUGAAGAUAAAAAAGCUUUGGAAGACCAGCUCCAAAAGUCGUCGCGCGAUGAAGCAGAGAUGAAAGAAAGGGUCUCAAACCUUGAGCGAGAC